CCUCCCCGCCGCCCGCUGCGUCCGGCUCCCAUGUGUCUCCGAGCCCGCUGCGCUGCGCUCGCUCCGCUUCUCCGCACGCUUCGGCCUGCUCCUGCUGCGGCCAUGAGCACUGGCACUUUCGUUGUGUCGCAGCCGCUCAAUUACCGCGGCGGGGCCCGCGUGGAUCCGGCGGACGCCUCCGGCACCGAGAAGGCGUUCGAGCCGGCAACCGGCCGAGUGAUAGCCACCUUCACUUGCUCAGGAGAGAAGGAAGUAAAUUUGGCUGUGCAAGAUGCCAAGGCCGCCUUUAAAAUAUGGAGUCAGAAAUCUGGCAUGGAGCGCUGUCGAGUUCUUUUGGAGGCGGCCAGGAUAAUAAGGGUAUGUUUCACGUUUUUUCUCUUUCAGAGAUAUAGUUCAGGUGUCCCCAAAGUACAAUGUGACAUACAAGUGACCAGAAUGCUUUUUGUACUUUCUAAUUGCAGAGACGAUAUGACCUGCGUGAAAGAAGAGAUCUUUGGACCAGUUAUGUCCAUUUUACCAUUUGACACUGAAGCUGAGGUUCUGGAAAGAGCCAAUGAUACCACUUUUGGCUUAGCGGCUGGUGUCUUUACCAGGGACAUCCAGCGCGCUCACAGAGUGGUGGCCAGGCUGCAGGCCGGGAUGUGCUUCAUUAACAACUACAACGUCAGCCCAGUGGAGCUGCCCUUCGGCGGGUAUAAGAAGUCAGGGUUCGGCAGAGAGAAUGGCCGCGUGACGAUCGAGUAUUAUUCACAGCUGAAGACUGUGUGCGUGGAGAUGGGUGAUGUGGAAUCUGCCUUUUGAGAACGUGCGGCGUGGCCAGGCGUGGAGCGAGGCCUGACCUCGAUAGAGGCCGGACAGCUGCCUUCUGUUGCAAACCCAGAAUUGUGCCUUUCGGGGUAAGAGGAUGGCUCGGUGUCCUUCAUGUCUCAGUCCCUUUCCUAUGAAAAUGUGCCUAAGUGCCUUUGAGAUACUAAUCAAGGAAGUUGUGAUUGUGCUCAAA